GACAUGCAUGCAUCUGGUUUGCUUUGAGCCAGACCUACUGCGCUGGCAGAAGUCUCUCAGUUGAUGUGGGGGAUGCUGUGGCAGGAGAUCGCGGUGCAUUGCUUUUCCUGGGCGCUGACAUCUUGGGUGAGGAAGCUAAGGUAUAGUGACUCAAGGGAGACCUAGGGAAGGAGUCUCCUUGAGCAGUUUCCAUUUUCCCAGUGGAUUUUGUUGAUUGGAAUACAGAUCAGAAGCUUGAAAGUAGCAUGCUUCGCCUCCUGAAACUGAUUGUGAUUCCAGUGAUUCUGGGUGAUUCUCAGGGUCUGACUGACAGGGUUGCCUCCUCCCCUGAGCUGCGAGUACAUGUGGGUGAUUCAGCUUUCAUGGGAUGUAUUGUUCACAGCCCAGAGAAGAAACCUGUGGUCAAAGUUGACUGGAUACUCUCAAAAGGGGAACAUGCUGAGAGUGAAUACGUGCUAUACUAUUACUCCAACCUUAGUGUGUCUACGGGGCGCUUCCAGAACCGUUCUCAUUUGGUCGGGGACAUCUUACGAAAUGACGGUUCUCUCCUGCUCCAAAAUGUGCAAGAAGCAGACCAGGGAACCUACACCUGUGAAAUUCGCCUCAAAAAUGAGAGUGUGGUGUUUAAAAAGUUCGUGGAACUGCGCGUGCUGCCAGAGAAGCCUAAAGAGCUCACAGUCCAUGUAGGCAGUUCAGCUGAGAUGGGAUGUUUCUUCCAGAGCACAGAAGAGAAGCAUGUGACCAAGGUGGACUGGAUGUUUUCUUCCGAAAAGCAUGCCAAGGAGGAGGUUGUCUGGCGCCAUAACUUAAACAUGCCUAGUGGCUACUUCCAGAACCAGGGCCGCUUCCAAAACCGUGUAAACCUGAUCGGCGACAUCUCCCACAAUGAUGGCUCUAUCAUGCUUCAAACAGUGAAAGUGUCUGACCAAGGAAACUACACCUGCCACAUCUACUUGGGGAAGCUGGAGUCUAGGAAAACCACUGUGCUGCGAGUGCUCCAGGAAGACUCUCAAAUGUCGAUUGCAACAACUCCUCGACCCCAGACCGAUCGGCCGGUGAUCCUGGAUGGGAAUCAGCUGGUGAUAAUUGUGGGAAUUGUCUGCGCCACCUUCUUGCUGCUCCCAGUUUUGAUACUCGUUGUGAAGAAAACCCAGUGGAAUAAGAGUUCAGUGAGUUCUACAGCUUCCCUGAAGAGCCUGGAGAACAAAGAGAAAACUAAUCCAGAGAAACAUGUCUACUCCUCAAUAACUACGUGGGAGUCGAUGGAAGGACCAAGUGGACAAUCGGAGGCCACCUACAUGACCAUGCACCCAGUUUGGCCCUCUUCCUCCAGAGCACCCAAUCUGGCCCUCUCUUCAGUCAGAUCCAAGUAAUCCAGUUUAAAAAACAAACCAAAAAAAAAAAAAAAACAGUCAGCUUGGGAGAUUCCCAAAGCAGAAACUUUCUGAGAAGAAAGAGGGCAUUUCAUCUCGGCAGCAGCAAAGACUCUGUUUUUGGUGGCCCCUGAGCCACCAUGCCAGCUAUUUUAGACUUCUGCAUCCUCGGCUGGUCUCUGCCUCCAUUAGAAGCCUGAAGAUGGAGGGCUUGGAGUCUGGCAGGAAGACAGACCUGCUCCAUAUACACAGGCACUGAUGAGGGAAGGGAGACUCUGGGUGUCUCCCAGAAGCAGUGUGCUGGCUGGUAGGGUGAAGAGGCUGGCUGGCCCACCUGUGGUCUCAAGCAGUCCCUUGGUUCAGAUCUUUAAUGUGAACAGUGUUUUCUGUGAAUGAGCUACUAAGAGACUCAGAAAGAUACAAUCCAACAAAAAUAAUUCUUUUGAUGAAUUAUCCCCAAAUAAAUGUGGCUUGUGGGA